GUCACGCGCGCGCGCCCCCACCUCGCAAUUGGGGAGCUAUCCAGCAAGCGUUUCAAAGUAGUCUCCUUACCCGGCUAGAGCUGUCUGUUGUCUCUCCAGGAAUGAGAAGUGAUGGCUGUCUCCGCCAGCGAGGAGAAAACCUUCCGAAGGUUCUUGGAGCUCUUCCUCCGAGAAGUGAGAGGACCACUCCAGGACGACGAACCUCUACCCAUGCGCCCCUUGUCGGACCUGGUCUCGGAGGACGAAGUAGAAGGGGAAUGCCUCGACCUGUGUCUCCAGCACCUGUGCAAAUAUAACUGCCCCUUCUCCCUGGCGGCUGGCCUGGCCCGCGCCACUGCCGAUGACAUCCUGCAGGGCGACCUGUCCGUCUAUCACCUCAACAAGACGGUGGAGGAAGGCACCGACCCUUUCCCCCAGCUGGAAUCAGUGAAGCUGGCUCGGCUGGUCUUCAACAAACUCUGCGAGACCUGCUGCCUGUGGCUGAAGGACUUCCCUCAUCGCCGCCGGCAACACCGUUACUACGAGACCUCCAUCCACGCCAUCAAGAACAUGCGACGCAAGAUGGAGGACAAGCACGUGGUCAUCCCCGACUUCAACACGCUCUUCAACCUGCAGGACCAAGAGGAGCAGGCCUACUUCGCCGUGUUCGACGGGCACGGGGGCGUGGACGCCGCCAUCUACGCCGCCAACCAACUGCACGUCAACCUGGUGCGGCAGGAGAUGUUCAGCCAGGACCCCGGGGAGGCCCUGUACCGCGCCUUCAAGCUGACGGACGAGCGCUUCGUGCAGAAGGCCUCGCGCGAGCACCUGCGGUGCGGCACCACGGGGGUGGUGACCUUCCUGAGGGGCACCACGCUGCAUGUGGCCUGGCUGGGGGACUCCCAGGUCAUGCUGGUCCGGAGAGGGCAGGCUGUGGAGCUGAUGAAGCCGCACAAGCCUGACCGAGAGGAUGAGAAGCAGCGCAUAGAAGCGCUGGGCGGCUGCGUGAUCUGGUUCGGCACCUGGAGAGUCAACGGGAGCCUGUCGGUGUCCAGAGCAAUAGGCGACUCGGAGCACAAGCCCUACAUCUGCGGCGACGCCGACCACAGCCGCUUCCCGCUGGACGGCACGGAGGACUACCUGAUCCUGGCGUGCGACGGCUUCUACGACACGGUGAGCCCGGACGAGGCGGUGCGCGUGGUGAGCGACCACCUGCAGGAGAACAGCGGCGACAGCACCAUGGUGGCGCACAAGCUGGUGGCGUCUGCCCGCGACGCCGGCUCCAGCGACAACAUCACCGUCAUCGUGGUGUUCCUGCGGGACCCGCGCGCCCCGCCGGCGACGCCCGAGGACGGCGAGGAGGAGGAGGGGGAGCGAGAGGAGGAGGCGGCCGACGGGCGGGCCGAGGAGGCGGAGGAGGACGGGGAAGAGGAGGAGGAGGAAGAGGUGGAGGCCCCGCAGGGCGAGCGGGGCUGCCAGGACGGCGGCACGGACGUCGGGGGCAAAGGUCGGGGGUCGUGGCCCCUGCAGCAGUGCUCGGCGCCGGCCGACCUGGGCUACGAAGACCGCAUGGACUCCUUUACCGACAGAACUAGCCUGAGCCUGCUGGGGCCCAGCCUGACGUCAGAGGAGAGCCGGCUACGGCUGCCCCCGCCCGCGCACCCGCCCAAAACCCUAGCCCCCGGCCCCGCCCACGCGCCCGCCAGGGGGCCCGGCGCGGCCUGGCGUCCCCCCCGAGAAGAAGGAGAGCGCCCCGCCCACAGGCACGGCUCCCCGGGGCCCAAACCGCUCGUGCCCUCCUGCCGGCAGAGGCCCCGCCCGGAGGGACACUGGCCGGAGGCGGCGGCCCUGUUCUCCCGCGGACGGAGGCCCCGGCGCGGGGCGGAGGGCGGGUCCCCGCGGUGGGGGCCCCGUCCGGGGCGCGGGGGCCUCAGGGAGCCCUGCGGCCUCCCGCGCGGGUCCCGCCUCGCGCCCUACCCCUGCCGCCGCCCCGAGAGGAGGGCGGGCGUGGCCGCGGCCCGGGUGCCCCAGAGCAGCAGUGACUGACGCGGCUGCCCCGCCCCCCUGCUCUCCCGUCCCCGCCCCCCUCAUCCCUCUCAGAAAACCACACAUCCCACACACCACUGGGUCUGAGCCCCACACUCCCAGCUCCACUCACACCUUAAUCUGGCCUAAUCUGUGAUGCCCCCUGCCCCCCCCCCCACUCUGUGAUAUGGUAAACCCCUAAUCUGUGAUACCCCCUGCUUCUCAGUCAGAAUGCUCCAUGUAACUCCUCCUCAGUACCUCUAUAGCAGCUGUACUGUGAGUGUGCGAUGGAGGCAUAAAGGAUGUUUCCUUGCUUACCGCCUCCACUCUUCUCAAUAUAUGCUUGUAAGACUAAUAUUAGCAAGUCUAUUGUCUGUAUAAAUUCAACACGUAGGCACCCAGUAUGCGUUUAGGUAAGAUACAGUACAGGACACUGGCGUCCACAGGUUGGAGGUUUUACGUGACUUAAGCGUUCACGUCAAACCCCGGACCAAAAAAAAAGCUUUAUAAAGAGCAAACGAGGUCACAGACACAGAAAGCCGGAGGGGACUCAAAGCGACGUGAGAAUCAGAAUGGAGCCUUGCACUCUCCUCGCCCGCCUCGAGUCCGUUCUCGGCGGGAGCGUCGCGUCGAAGUGCCCCGGGGUUGCCGUGACGUCACCACCGGAUCGGCCCGAAGCUGAGUCGAGCGAGGCAGUUGAGUCAUACCGGCAGAGCUAUGUGCCUUUCCGUAAUGACCCUGACGUAAAGGAGGGGGCUUCAGCUCGCCACAGAGGCCAUACUCGACGGUAGAAGGUAUAACCUUGAGAUGAGCGAGCAAGGGAUACCGUUGAAUAAGUACGCCUUUCCCUCCGUUCGUCGAAUCAUUCAUACACAGGACCGAGAGUCCUCAGCUCACGGUAGUGAUAGAGAGCUCCAGUCCAACGCGAUGUAGACGGUCGCGACACACCAGAGCGUCCCGAUGUCGCUUGCGGACAACCGUUAAAUAUGGCUGCUUAAUAUCCCUGCCUACGGAGCUGUAACCUUAUAUAACCAAACAAGCCACAAGGAAAACUGAGAAAAGAAGGUUCACUGGCUCUGAACCCUGUUCUUGUUUUCUGGUAUUAGUGACACCAUUUAGCCAUCUGUGGUGGAAUUGGAAAGUGUUAUCUGUUUCUGACUAGCUGUGUUUGCAGUUGAGGUAGUCGAAACUGAUAUAGGGGCAGUGGCUCAAAAGUUCUGUUAACGGUGCCUCCACUGUCCUACCACCAGAUUUAAUGCCGUUGGGCCCCUCCUCCAACUCCCUGUUGGGUUUAUGGUGGAUUUGCCAUACGCCCAUGAACGUAAACAAGCGGAUCUCUAGGUCAGCUGGAAUUCAUUGACUUGUUAAACCAAGCAAGAGGUCAGAUUGGAGAGAGGGAGGACAUCUCCGUUCUCCUCCUCCACCCUGCUCCGCCCCCUGCCUGCCUGCCCCACCCCCCGCUCCUCCCCCAGGAUUCGCACUGGCUGCCACACUGUGCCAUUUUGCCCAAACCCCCAACCCACCCCCCUCAAAGCUGGCGCCAGUGGCCGAGGUAAGGGAGGGAGGAGCAGCAGGCUUGGGUGAGCGGGGCCUCAAAAGGCCUGUGGUCCCAGUGACGCUCAGAUCGCCCACGCCAAGGAGCACCACCUCCGGAGGGGUGAGGGGCGGGGGUGGGGGGGUGAGGGGGUCACCGCAGUGUUCGCCCGUGGCCCCCCGGGACUGUUCCGUUUGUAGCUGACUGACCUUCGCGUGUUGAGCCCGUUGAGGGGGGACGGAGGGAAGUCAGAGAGGAUUGCUGUGCAGCACGCCAACUCCAGGGGAAUGUCUGAAGUUCUAGAAUGUACGCGGGCCAAAUUCUUCUCGCGGAGCGUCAUCAUCGACGGAGGCAUGGAAUCAGAGCAGCAGCAGCUGAUGCUCACUGCCAGGAGGUCAGAGGUGUACGGAAUGUAACUGCAUUCAUUCUCCAAAGACUGAGGAGAGCUUCCUCCUAGCAUUCAAACUCCUCCCCCUGCCCCUCCCCGCCACAUACAGUGUAAACGUAACCCAGGAAACAGCCCUCGGAUCUCCCCGGAGACGGAGCGGCCGGCUUUUGGAGGCUGGCUGUGGCGGACUGUACCUGGCCUGACUGGAGAGUGCUGGACAGGUGGUCCAGUCUUCUGCAGGUGGGAGUGGUGCUGGAUCCCGGCUGCGUGGACUGUAACCCCAGGUGCGCCCCAGAGGACUGCUGGGCCCUUUCCCCUGCCGAAACGCGCGUGAAAGUGGUGUACCCCCUCCCCGUAAUCCCCUGGCCUUCGCCCUCUCACCACGUCUUAUUCGGGAGCCAUUAACGAGCUCCUGGGACUACAUUACCCACACACCCCUCCUCCACCACCACCACCACCACCACCACCACCACUUCACAUGGGGUAACUAAUGUAUACUGGAAUUCUAUAAGUAAUUACACAUAUAUUUAAUUGUACGUGAGGGUGUGUAGGUAUGUGCGUGCGUGCGCGUGCGUGUGCGUGCGUUCCGGGUGUGUGCAUGUGGUCUGUCCGAGUCCGAUAUUUUAAAAAUGAACACUGUAAAUUCUGCAGGACAAACGGCACAUUAGUCUGUGAAUCUUUCACGCACCGUCCCUCUGCACUGUGUGGUUACUUCCCCGCCCCUGGAGCACUGCUGAGUCUGAGGGGGCCUGACCGUGGGGCCACAGGGGACCUUGAGUCUGAGGGGCCACAGGUCCUGCUCUAACGCCCAAAGGGCCACAGUAUUGUGAUCCUGUGGAGGAAGGAGCAAGCAGGAAUCCCUAUUGAUAAAGUAUUGGGUUGUAGUACAUGUGUGAACUGCACAGCCUCUGUCUUUCCCUCCCCAGCCUCAGCUCUGGUGAAAAUGAAUGCAAGCCGUUAAAAGAGAAGCCAGGCGAGGCUGGUGAGUUAGCCGUAGCCAUUUUGGAUGUGCGUUCUCUCCAUUCCUGUCGUGCUCCUGUCCCACGGGCCCGGCGGUCAGGUGCUCAGACUCUUAACCUCGCCCCCCCCCCCCCCUCACUCCAGCAGCCCUGGACAGAAGCCCUGCCCCCCCCCCCCCCCCACCACACACAAGCGCACACGUACACCAGCGUCCUCCUCUCCCUCGUGAUCGUGUGUACAU